AAAUAGUGUGUCAGGCUCUAUAGAGCUCUUCGUUGCUGCUCAGCCUGCAGACAGGGGAUUUAUUGCACUCAUCAUUGCAGAGUGAGAGAACUGAACACGGCUAUCCUUGCUGUGACCAUUCAUUGUGUGCAAGCUUCCUGUACAGUCACCAAGACUGCUAAUCUUACCAUCCAGCCUUCUCCCAGCAAUAUUAGCUGUCCUAGGGCGUGCCAUCUGUGCAGGGCCCUCUCCUGAAUGCUAAUCUACAGCAGCAGUCUGGCUAUUUCAGUCAUCCAGCGAAUACUCCCUACUUCCCACCAACAAUGGCAGACGAAGAUCUCAUGUUUAGAAUGGAGGGUCUGGAUAACUCCCACGUGUUGAAAGACCACUGCUCAGAUUACAGUAAGGCUGACAGUGAUGAGGAGGAUAACUACAUUAUCUGCCCUAUAACAGAGGACCCAUCGUUACACCAUGAAACAAAUAACAAAAAGACACGCUCCUUUGGCAGUCUAACGAAGGAAACUCAAUAUGGUACCAGCUCAUCUCCCAGGACGUCCUUUAGUUUCAAGGAGGCCUGGAAACAUGCCAUCCAAAAAGCCAAGCAGAUGCCUGACCCAUGGGCUGAGUUUCACUUGGAAGACAUAGAGGCAGAACAUGCAAUCCGACACAGGUACAAUGUUGUGUCCGGCCAGUGGGUGCAAGAUGACGUAUUGAUUAAAAUGGCCUCUCAGCCGUUUGGUCGUGGUGCUAUGAGAGAAUGCUACAGAAUGAAGAAGCGGUCUAAUUUCUCACACAAACAGCUGUGGAAAAAUGCCUACAAUUAUGUAGCCAAACGAUAUUUAGAGACGGUCGACAGAGAUGUGUACUUUGAAGAUGUCCGACUUCAAAUGGAGGCGAAACUGUGGGGGGAGGAGUACAACCGACACAAGCCUCCUAAGCAGGUGGACAUUAUGCAGAUGUGCAUCAUUGAAAUGAUAGACAGACCUGGCAAACCAUUGUACCACUUAGAGCAUUACAUUGAAGGCAAAUAUAUUAAAUAUAACUCCAACUCAGGAUUUGUCCGGGAUGAAAACAUUCGUCUCACCCCACAGGCUUUCAGUCACUUCACAUUUGAGAGAUCAGGGCACCAGCUGAUUGUUGUUGACAUUCAAGGUGUGGGCGAUUUAUACACAGAUCCUCAAAUCCACACACAAAGCGGAACUGAUUUCGGAGACGGCAACCUAGGGGUGCGAGGAAUGGCCCUGUUCUUUCAUUCCCAUGCCUGCAACAGAAUCUGCAAAAGCAUGCGACUGACGCCGUUUGACCUCUCGGCCCAGGAGAAAAUCGUUUUGGACAACUGCAGCAAGCUUUUGCAAUCUGCUCAGACAGUCGUGCGCGGCAUAGAAGAGAAAUGUGGCAGCUCUCGGGUGAGAACUAUGUCUGGAAGCCGCCCACCUCUGUUAUCCCGCUUUUCUGAAAACUCUGGGGACGAGAACAUGAGCGAUAGGACAUUUGACUCCUUGCCCAACUCGCCUUCUCCGCUCACCCCUCAAGGCCACAGAUUUGAUGUGCAUGGAUGGCCCAUUUUCAACGAGGUGGACAACUUGGGAAGUGAAGAGGAUAACAACCUAGAUAACCGCAGAGAUUCUGAAAACGGUGGAGAUAGUGGGUGUCCCAGCGAAAAGAGAAGUGAAUCUGAUGAAAUGGAACAUCGGAUACCUGUAAAUUACAGCCGGAGACGGAUGGAGUCCGAGUCGGAGGACAGCUUUGGGAAGAGCAAAUGUCUUAUUAGUAAGGCCCAUGUGAUCCUUAAAAACAGCCCACGGAGUAAUCUGGUGACUGUGGAGAAAUGGAACCAGUUCCAUGCAUCCCGUGUGCACAUUCACAGAUCAUCCUGUGUUGCAGUGGAAGUCCAAAGACUUAACGACCUUGAGAUUGAAAAGAAAAUUGGGAAAUCCAUUCUUGGGAAGGUUCACUUAGCAAUGGUGCGCUAUCAUGAAGCAGGGCGUUUCUGUGACAAAGAUCAAGACUGGGACCAGGAAUCUGCCAUAUUCCACCUGGAACAUGCUGCCCGCUGUGGGGAACUGGAAGCCAUUAUCGGCCUUGGUCUCAUGUAUUCUCAGCUGCCUCAUCAUAUCCUGACUGAAGUCUCUGUGCAGGACACAGAGGAAAACAGAAUUAAAGGAUUCAACUAUUUAUUGAUGGCGGCAGAAGCUGGUGACCGGCCAUCCAUGAUCCACAUUGCUCGAGCAUAUGACACUGGAAUAAAUCUUGGCAAAGACAGGUCAUUAACAACACUCAGGCUACAGAACUGGCAAGAGGCCAUUUUCUGGUACAAUUCUGCUCUAAACAUGACUGAUUAUGAUGAAGGCGGAGAAUAUGAUGGAACCCAGGAUGAACCCAAGUACCUGCUGCUCGCUAGGGAAGCUGAGAUGUUGCUCACUGGAGGAUUUGAAUUGGAGAAAGACCCACAAAGAUCUGGUGAUCUUUACACAGAAGCCGCAGAAGCUGCAAUGGAGGCUAUGAAAGGAAGGCUUGCCAACCAGUACUACCAGAAGGCAGAGGAAGCGUGGGCUCUCAUGGAGGAAUAAUAUGCCAACUUAAAAUCAUGCAAAGGGCAUAUUGAUAUAUUAUUCAAAUAAGGAUUUUAUUUUGUAUUUAUUACAUAAUGAUUUAAGGGUCACUGAACCCAAUAUGUUUACAGAGACAAAGCGUUUUGAUAGAUGUUGUUUGGUGGGUGAGAAUGUCCACAGAUCUAGCAGUAAACUCCGUUUGGGCUGGCGAAUACUGUGUACGCUUUAUAUGGCAGUGGCGAGAUCUACUCCUGCUCUCCGCUGCAUUUGUAAACAUGACAGAUUUCAUAAUGCUGAACUGAUAACCCAGGUCCUGUGCACUCCCAAUAUUUGGAGCGUCUCUCAGGAAUAAAGUCUUAGCUGCCAUAUUGCUUUAUUUUUGUUGUGUUUGGAUUAAGCAUACUUUAUUAGUCUGUAAAGCAAAAACUUUGUGUAGAGGUUUUUAUCUUGGAAUUGUGACGUUCCAUUGCCACUGAUUGGGGACCUGCACUCAUCCAGGCUUUUUUUCCCAGGGUGUUUCUGCAAUACUGGGUGUGUUAGGGGAUGAGGGAGAGCGAAAGGACCAAUCACAAGCUGCACGAGAGCUGUGAGAGAAGCGGGGCUCUGGCUAGGAGGCGGGGCCUACUUAGCUAAUUAUUCUCCUAGACCAGGCAUGUCCAAACUGCGGCCCUCCAGCUGUUGUGAAACUACAUAU